GACGUAUUCACGACAGGUAACCCAAACAAAUUUCCUUUUUUUCUUUUCCAUGAUCCCUUUCCUUUCCCUCCAGUCCCCUGCUUCUACCUUCACCCCUCUUUUCCUCUUCCCCCCAUCUCCACCCUUUUCCUCUGGCUUCACCAAAUCCCCUAUACGCCGCUUUAUUCCUCCACCAAAAUCUUCCCUUUCCAACAACCCUUUCAACUCAACUUCCCAACAACUCGGUCCCCAAGGCCCUCAAAACCGACAGCCUCCCAGAACUCUCUUCCCUGGCGGCUACAAGCGUCCUGAGAUCAAGGUCCCAAAUUUCGUUCUCCAAUUGGACCCCGAGGAGGUCUUGGCUGACGACAAUGCGCUAGGUUUCAUUGACAAGGCUGUGUCCAAAUGGAUUGGUCUUGUAGUGCUCAAUGGUGGCGAAGGAAGCGGCGGCAGGGUUUAUGAAGCUGCCCGUUCCUUAAAGGCGGUUGUUAAAGACCGCGCUUAUCUCUUGAUCACAGAGCGCGUUGAUAUUGCCGCUGCUGUUGGUGCUAGUGGCGUGGUCCUCUCUGAUCAAGGCCUUCCUGCCAUUGUCGCAAGAAACACAAUGAUGGAUUCGAAAUCAGAUUCAGUCUUUCUCCCCUUGGUAGCUAGGACUGUGCAAACUGCAAGUGCUGCUUUAAAUGCUUCGAGUUCGGAAGGCGCUGAUUUUCUUAUAUAUGAUCUGGGUGAACAAGAGUAUGUGGAUAUGGUGAUGAAGUCUGUUUAUGGGAAUGUGAAGAUACCUAUCUUUAUUGUUAAUAGUAAUUCACAAGCAAAGGUUACAUCAUAUACCGAGGGGUCAAAGAUUCUCAAAUCAGGUGCUAGUGGUUUAGUUCUGUCUUUGGAAGAUUUGAGGUUGUUAACUGAUGAUGUUCUAAGCCAGUUGUUUAACAUUGUGUCAACAAUAAAUAACAAACCUCGAGGUGAGAGCAUAGAUGAACUAAAAAUGGCUGAUAUAGAUCAUGAUUCCCAUCAGAAAAUGGGUGUGGCGGGCUUUAUUAAAGUGGAGGAUAGAGAAAAACAGCUUAUUGAGAAGGAGAGAUCAGUAUUAAUUGAAGCCAUAAAUGUCUUCCAGAAAGCUGCUCCCCUGAUGGAGGAGAUAUCACUUCUUAUUGAUGCUGUUGCUCAAAUUGAUGAGCCAUUUCUACUGGCUAUAGUGGGUGAGUUCAAUUCUGGUAAAUCCACAGUCAUUAAUGCUCUUCUUGGGGAAAGAUACCUUAAAGAGGGGGUUGUUCCUACAACUAAUGAAAUCACUUUCUUGCGCUACUCUGAGUUGGAUGGCAAGGACCUGCAGCGUUGUGAAAGGCACCCAGAUGGUCAAUUAAUAUGUUACCUUCCUGCUCCAAUUCUCAAAGAAAUGAAUAUUGUUGAUACACCAGGAACAAAUGUGAUUCUUCAAAGGCAACAACGCCUUACAGAGGAAUUUGUGCCUCGUGCAGAUUUGCUUUUUUUUGUUAUUUCUGCUGAUCGCCCAUUAACUGAGAGUGAGGUUGCUUUUCUUCGUUAUACUCAGCAGUGGAAGAAGAAAGUUGUGAUUGUGUUGAACAAAGCUGAUCUUUAUCAGAAUGCUGAAGAGCUAGAGGAGGCAAUUUCAUUCAUCAAAGAGAAUACACAAAAGUUGCUGAACACGGAAGAUGUAACAUUGUAUCCAGUGGCUGCACGAUCUGUUCUUGAAGAGAAGCAUUCAGCUACUUCUGGUGUUGGAAAAGAAUAUAGAGACUUAUCAGUCUCUGAUUCAAAUUGGAGAACCAUUAGCUUUUACAAGCUUGAAAACUUCUUGUAUAGUUUUCUAGAUGGAUCAACUAGUACAGGAGUGGAGAGAAUGAAGCUCAAACUUGGGACACCUAUUGCAAUUGCAGAGAGAAUACUUUCUGCGUGUGAAAUUCUUAAUAGAAAAGACUGCCAAUCUGCAGAGCAGGACUUGACUUCUGCUAAUGAAAUUGUCAGUGGUGUGAAAGAGUAUGUCAUAAAGAUGGAAAAUGAAAGCAUCUCUUGGAGAAGACGAACUUUGUCAAUGAUUGAUACUACAAAAUCACGUAUUCUGGAGCUCGUAGAAUCUACCCUACAGUUAUCAAAUCUUGAUAUCGUUGCCUUAUACUUUCUCAAGGGGGGUUCGUCAGCCACACUGCCAGCCACUUCAAGGGUUCAAAAUGACAUACUUGGUCCUGCACUUGCUGAUGCACAGAACUUGCUUGGAGACUAUGUGACAUGGUUACAAUCAAAUAAUGCUCGUGAAGGAAGGCUUUAUGAGGAAUCUUUUGAGAAAAGAUGGCCAUCCCUGGCCUACUCAGACAAACAGUACCAUCUAGAGACCUAUGAACUGCUAAGAAAGUUGGAUCAACUCAGCCUGAGAGUGAUAGAGAACUUCAGUGCCAAUGCUGCUUCCAAACUAUUUGAGCAAGAAGUUCGUGAAGCGUUUUUGGGGACUUUUGGCGGACUUGGAGCAGCUGGUUUGUCUGCUUCGCUUCUAACGUCCAUAUUACCUACCACUUUAGAAGAUCUUCUUGCUCUAGGCCUAUGUUCUGCUGGAGGGUUUAUAGCCAUUUCAAAUUUCCCAGCCCGUAGACAAGAAAUGAUAGAAAAGGUGAAAAAGACAGCAAAUGCAUUGGCACGGGAGCUUGAAGAUGCAAUGCAGAAGGAUCUUUAUGAAACUACUGAGAAUUUGGAGAAGUUUGUGAGAAUUAUUGGGAAGCCUUAUCGAGAUGCAGCACAAAAUAGACUGGACAAACUUCUAGAGAUAAAAGAUGAACUUUCAAAUACGAGGGAAACACUUCAAAUGCUACAAGUCGAAAUCCAAAAUCUUCAUGUAUCAUGACACCAAUUUUAUUGAGUAGAUUUGUUUCCAGCGUUUUUCCAUCCAUUUCUACCCUCUGUUCUUGGGGGUCAAGUGCCGUACAAUAUCUUCAUGUAAUAACAAAAAAUAAGCAAUUUUCAGCCAAGUGCCCGCAUCUUCGACUGGCCAGCAGGUGUCAUUGAAUGUUCCAACGGAAUACUUUAGGAAUUGUAUUCAGCUGCAGAUAUAAGCAGUGUAAGUAAGCAUCUUAUGCUGCUUCAACAUUUUAGAUUGGAUGAGAGGUUUUAAGUGAAGAAUAGUGGAUGCUUUGAAUUAGAAUUUGAUUAAAGAUUAUUCUUUUUGUCAUGUUUAUUUUAUUUACUUUAUAUUUAUAUGUGAAAGUCUUCCUCUAAUUUUGUCUUCGGCACUUAGUAGGAACAUAUGUCUCAGAUCAAUAUUUAUUUCAGCCGGUUCUUG